UUCGAAAGCGUCAGACCAGCGAGAUGCUGAGGAUAAGGGCAGCCAGUAAUUCAUUUACCCAUUUCGACUGAGCGCCUUCUGCGAUUCUCGGAACACAGCCAGAAAAAUAUUUUUGUUAGGAGUAUCCCAUAUCCAUCAGCAAUAGGGGCGUCAUAAUCGAUGUAAAUCUACAACGGUUUGCUUGUAGAUUGCUUAGUGAGACCCAGAGUGACAUAGUAAUGCGGUGACGUCACCAGGCAUCAGUCAUAUUAACGUCGUGUGUACUAGUUGUACAAUGGUGUCAUUGGCCGAGGAUUUCUGGAUUGUAUUCCUCUUCACCAUGGCAAUCAGCUGCUUCGGAAAUAUCGUUCUGAUGGCGAAUGCCCGCACUACGAGGAUGGCGCUCAGACGGCGCAGAUCAGCACUGGAUACUAGCUAUGCGUUCAAGGACUUGGCGAGAAAAGAAUCUGGCCGCAUUCUACCAACACAUUAUGAUACGAUUCCAUUUGAUAUUGGUCACAGCGCAGCUCAGCCUGAUCUACAGACUCGGGUUCAGCCCAGUCUUCGGGAUAACACACCGUUGCAGAAAAGACAGCGGAAAUCUAACCAGGAGCUUGCUAACUUAGGUUUAAGAGCCUCAUUGGCCCUAAGCACAGGAUCUGCCUCUUCUCGUCUUCCUAUAACCGCCCCCAGGCCGCCAACACAACAGAGAGCGGCAUACACUCUACCCAUGUCACCCAUAGGCGACUUGCCGCAGCCCAGUCAUGUAGGAAACGAUUCAUAUGAAGCUAUAGAGGAGAUGCCAGUUUACACCGCCAUCGAAGGUGGCGAGGGAAAAAACGAAACAGGCUCCUCAGGCAACGUGGCACAAAAAAACAUUUCCGUCGCAGAAAAUGCAAGACCUGACCACGAAUAUAUCGAGUUUGAAGAAGGGUGUGUUCUUGAUCACGACAAAACACCAGCUGCGGAUGCCUCGGCCACUGGUCCGGGAACUACCAUUACCGAUGAUGACAUGAGCGAGUCUGCGCUAGUUGAAUCAACAGAUACACGGGCUGAAGGUGGUUGCGUUAAUCAGAAUCAAACCGAUUUCCAGGAAGACACCGGGUAUCAUGAGCUCUCAGAGGCCAGUAUUGCACAUCAAGAUCACCAACAAGCUGAUGCUGUGGAAGACACGUCAGAUGGCAUCAACGCACCUUAUAGCAAUGAAUACAACAAUCUGAAUGCAGCUGGAGAAAAGGCUUUAUCCAGUACUGACGACGAUGGUGCCGCAUCCACCAAGCCAGGUACCGAACACCUGCCCCACAGACAGCUUUCAAACCCACCUAUGGUUAAUAAGGCACCAACAAGUCCCUCCAGGGAUUUCUCACUGCCAGAAAUCCACACCCUGAAGCCAUCAACCUCGGCCAGCUCAAGUGAUCAUGAUGAAAACGUGGAAGAUGUCGAGCCAAUCCAGGAUCAUGUAUACCAGGGCUUGAACGCAGAACGGAGCAGGGAAAACACUUAUCAGAGACUAUCUACUACUGGAGAAUCCUCCACUCGCGCCAGCAGACAUUAUGUAGGUCAUCUCAAAACUACGGGAAUAGCUCGCGAAGUAACUACAACACUGGACAAGGCGAAGCCAUUGACGGAGCCCAUCUCUAGACAACCAGAAGCCUCAACAGUCGUCCCGGUCGAGACCAAUAGUCCAUCUUGUUUAAAGAUUGAGUGACAUCUUACCUGAAUGGCACCAUUCAUCUCUCGGAUUGUAAAUAAUGAUAUGUAUGUACUUCCGCAGUACAGUUUCUCCACCAGCGUCUUUGAGAGUAUUUCUAGAAUAGAAGUCAUUCCUGGGUUUGACGCCACCUACGUUUUUCGCUGGUUUGCCCUGCCAUUUAUUCGGAUUGGCCCUUUGGAACUGAAUGUUUUCAUUUCGGUCAGAACAGCUUGAUGUUUGUAAACAAAUACAUUGUAGCUUGUUAUUCUGUAGAACUCGAUUGCACAAUAUGCAACUCCAAAUAUGCAACUCCAAAUAUGCAACUCCAAAUAUGCAACUCCAAAUAUGCAACUCCAAAUUACGAUGAGGCUGGUGUACAGUGUGAACUACAAUGAUUAAAAAAACAAUAAUGGUUGACGUCAGACUAGGGCAGAGGCCGAGUUUUCCGCAUCCGUCGGAACGCCACCACCCUUCAAGGAUCAAGGCGCAGAUGCAGUUCCUACAACGGUGGGUUGUGAGUAGAUCAGCUCACCAUCAAGUGGUCAAACACCGAAAAUCCCGUUCACUGCAUCCAUCGAGCCAAAAAUCUUUUUCCCUAAGAUCAUUUCGUCACUUGACUUGUCCUUUUCGCGUAACUCCCAUUGUGCGCGAGAUAGUUUG